UAUUCUUCUUGCACUUUAUAAAAGGUGCCAACUUGAACUGAAUAUUUCAUAUUCAUUUCUGACUUUAUGCAUUAAAUAACUCGAAAUCAAUUAUUAUAAAUGUUAUAUUUAAAUAAAAAAAUAACAUAAAACAUUGUUAAAAAAAGUGAAAAUGUUAACAACAAUAUUGUGUAUUAUAGUGUCUACAUUGGCGAUAAUUUGUGUAAUUCUUCAUUUUUUUGGUAACAGAGAAUUAUACAAUAAGACAAAUCAUUUUUCUGGCCCACUACUUUUUCCCUUAAUCGGAUGUACAUAUCAAUUUAUUGGAGAUUCAGAGCAUUUUUUGAAACAAACAACAAAACUUAGUUGCAUUUUUGAGUCACCGGUCAGAUUAGCAUUUGGAUCCCAUGUCUUCAUUGCUACAAAGGAUCCACAACAAUCAAAAACUAUUCUUCAGAGUUCAAAAGCAAUGGAUAAGACUGCAUUGUAUAAUUUUUCGAAAUCUUGGAUUGGCGAUGGAUUAGUGACAUCCAAACAAAAUCUUUGGCGUAAACAUCGACGAAUAAUUCAACCGAUGUUUAAUAAAAAAACUCUACAAACCUAUUUUUCGAUUUUUCAACAAAAUUCUCUCUUACUGAACAAAACGGUUGAGAGUGAAAUCGACGGACCGGAAUUUGACAUAUCUAAUCAUAUUGCAUACAUUACUUGCAGUAAUAUUUGUGAAUCGUCAAUGGGUGUUUCGGUGAAAACCCAAAAAGAGGAGGUCUACAAAUUUUAUGAAAUUUCAGAUAGAAUAUUUAGAGUUUUAUUCAAACGAUUGUUAAGUGUAUGGUACCAUUCUGAAUUGCUGUUUAGCAUGAGUUCACUUGCAAAAAAUUAUAACAAUGAUAUUAAAAACAUUCACAAUUUUACUGACAAUGUAAUACUAAAGAGAAAAGCAAUUUUACAGAAUAAAAAAGAAGAAGCAAAAGCGAAAAAUAUAACACUGGAUUUACUACUUGAAUUAUCGGAUAAUAAUUCCCUUACGAACAAACAACUUCGGGAUCAUGUGUUGACACUGAUAACUGCAGGUACUGAUACCACUAGUAGAACAUUGGCUUUUGUUCUCCAAAUGUUAGCACAGAAUCCAAAAGUGCAGGAAAAAGUUUAUCAGGAAAUAUUCAAUAUUUACGGUUCUGAUGAUCCGGAGAAAAAUCCAGUGAAAUAUGAAGAUUUACAACAUUUCAUGUAUUUGGAACGUGUAAUUAAAGAAACAAUGAGAUUAUUUUCAAUUGCUCCAUUUCUUGCUCGUAUGAUUACAGAGGAUUUAGAAUUAGAUGGAAAAAAAGUGCCAAAGGGGUGUACGGCAAUUGUUGCCGUUGUGCCAAUUCAUCGGGAUGAAAAAAUUUGGCCCGAUCCGUUAAAAUUUGAUCCUGACAGAUUUCUACCAGAGGAAGUGUCGAAACGUCAUCCUUGUGCCUUCAUUCCAUUCAGUUUUGGUCCUAGAGACUGUAUUGGUCGUGCCUAUGCUAUGUUAUCAAUGAAAGUAAUAAUGGUAACAUUUCUUCGCAAAUAUAUUUUGAAAAAGGACAAAUUUACCGAAAUCAAGGACAUAAAAUUGAAAAUGGACCAUCUUUUUUUAAGUUGUGAUCCAAUUACUGUGAGAAUUGAAAAUAGGGCAAAGUGUAUAAUUUAA